UGAAAAUAACACCAGCGGGGUGUGGGAGAGAGAGAGAGAGUGGUGGCUCCAUCUGCCGUGAAAAUAACAGUCAUGAUAAAUAAGGCGGAGUGUAUCUGUAUGUCAUGAAGUGGGACACCGCACAUUUCCACCAAUUAUGGGUUCCCGGCUAAGAGAGAACCCAAGGCGCCUGUUUGAGUGCUGGUGCGAAGUGGUUGGGCCAAAAGGUACAGACCGACCACCAUGGAUCAUCCAAAAGUUUCCAGACAGUUACAGCAAAGAGGAGAGGGAAAAAGAGAUUCUCAAGAGUGUCCCACAGUUUGCAUUUCCCUGUUCCUUUGACAGCACAAAUGUCCAGCAUUUUUCAUUUGUUUUGACAAGUCUUGACUCCAAAUGGACGUAUGGAUUUUGCAGACAUGCUCCUGGUUCAGAAACAGCACUAGUUAUACUCUCACAUUUGCCAUGGCACGAAACAUUUUACAAGCUUCUCAACCAUUUAGCUGAUAUGAUAGGCAAUGAAAGAACUCAGGAUAUGACAUCAUGCCUUCAGAGUAUUUACUGCACAAAGGUUCCACUGCCUGGAUCUGAAAUUGCCGUGCCCUAUGGAGAUAAUAAGUUCUUUGUUGCUCAGUGCCCCAACCACCUGAGACUUCCAACCAUUCCUGAAAAUAGAAACCUUUCAGAAUACUACAAUGCUGUCGAUGCAAACAACAUGAUGAUAAUCUUUGCAUCGAUGCUCCACGAAAGAAGAAUCAUAAUGGUUUCUAAACGUCUCUCAAGGCUCUCGGCGUGUGUUCAGGCAGCCAAUUCAAUUAUUUAUCCCAUGCAAUGGCAACAUAUCUUCAUUCCAGUUUUACCAGAACAUUUGACAGAUUAUCUCUUAGCACCUAUGCCCUAUCUCAUAGGUGUCAAUUCUUCGCUUUUAUCAAAAGUACAAAUGGAGGACAUUGGGGAAGCCGUUAUAUUAGACGCAGAUAAUAAUGUGGUGAAGACUCCCUUUAAUGAUCUGGAGACUCUGCCAGAUGAAGUGAUCAUUAAUUUGCGAAGAAGUCUGAAGAAUCCAAACAACAUGCUAGGUGAUCAUGUGGCACGUGCAUUUUUAAGAGCACUUGUCCAGAUUAUUGGAAAUUACAAAGAAGCUCUACAGUUCAGGGAGGAAGAUUCAAAAAUUACUUUCAACCGAGAAAAGUUUGUUAAUAUCCGUCCGAAUACUUUCCAGCCAUUUGUAGAAAAAAUGCUAGAGCUUCAGAUUUUUCGACAGUUCAUUGAGGAGCGCUUAGAUCGUCUUAACUCAGGCAAACAAACUUCUGACGAAUUUGAAUUAGAAGUUAGUGUUCACUGUGAGAAGUCGUCGUCAAAGAUGAGACAGCAGUAUAAGCAGUUUGUUACCAAUGUUCGUAAGGAAGGCGGUGCCAUUAUGAAGUCCGUAAAGAGUAAGAGCCCGUUUAGACAUCUGAAAAGUAACACCACCACCAACCCUGCUGUUAAGUCUGCUGUUAAAACCGUAACCAAAGGUGGGAAGCAGGUCAAGGAAAAGAGUCGACAAACGUACAAAGACAUCCGUGGGAAAAUCAAAGAGAUUCAUCAACCCCGGAUUGGGGAUGAUGGAAAUGCCCCAGCUUGGGUCAAUGGUGAUUCGCCUCAAAAGCCCCGCUCAGCACCUUCAUCGCCCGUGAUGGGUGUCAAACGGAGGCCUCGUACCGUUGGUGGUAAUGUCCCAGGAUUCUCAGCAAAAACAACCUACAAGAGAGCUUCACAGAUCAAUAUUAGAGAAGACAGUAGUGCGCUUCCAGGAACACGAAAGUACGAGCUCAUUGAGAGUGGCAUUAUGUCUCCGAGUUCAGACAGUCUAAGUACUCCCUCACCUCAAAGUAUAGAUUUGAUGGGUGAGAUGGAAGAAAUAAUCAAAGCAAAGUUAGGCGACGAUUUUGAAGAACUAGCGUCGAGUAGGAGCAACGAUUCAAUACAGAGCAGUAUUUCUAGUAGUGCUGGGGAAAGUCCAGGCUCAGGGUCAGCGUCAGGAUCUGCGUCAACUAUAACUGUAAGGAAAAAUGUGAAGGACCAUCCCCCGUCAGGGUUGACUGCCAAAAAACUGAGCAAACCUAUACUGGCCCCUUUGGCCAUUAAUGUUAAUGCUGCGGAAUGGAUGUGUAAGAGCUAUGUGUAUCGUGGGCAGCUGAGUGCGAGCCUCACCUCUCUUCCUCUCAUUGACCUCUCCUUAAACAUAGAACUUCCUCCUCCCAUAAUGGCAUCUUUUGGCUACCGUUUUCCUGUCACCUUUGACGAUGACAGUAAUGGUGGUGGUGAAGAUGGGGAUGGUUUAGGCAGCUCCUCGACUUCUCAUUUUCGUUCUCCUAAGCUUCUGCACGAUACAGAUUUCACUGCCCCUGAAGCUGAUAACUCAGUAGUGGACUCACAUUUAUGGGGGCAUACCCAUCUCCCUUCAUCAUCUACUUCUCACUCUGCUAACGAUGGCUCCAACAUCUCUGCUGUAUGUACAAGCUACUCAACAAUUCCAAGGGAGCAUAAAAAAUCAGGCACGCGCCGUGGGCAGUUUCGUGAUUGCUCUGCCUCUAAGUGUACUAUUCCAGUCUGUAAAACUAUAGCCACCAAAAUCACCACUGAUUUUCCUGCCACAUGUUAUGCAUCCUCUGCCUUGUCUCCUGCUAAGUUGCAUUCUCAGUGUGGGCAUGCUUCUCUUUCACCAUCAAGGUCUCCUCAGCAACCACGUCGUGUAGUUGGUUUGGAAUCCUCCUCUGUAUCUUCUGUCCGUAGUAGCACCGAUUUUCCUAAGUAUGGGGCGAGUCAAGCUUUUUCUGCAUCUUUAUCCAAAUAUUCCACAACUAAACAGGGUACCCCAGGGUAUUUUUAUUCUAAGCUAACAAAAUCCAUUGAUGAUGAUGCCCCAGUUGCUGAAUUUGAAGCCAUAGAGAGUUCUGAAGAUUUCAUAUUGUGCUCCCCUGUAAAUAUACCACACGCCACAUUUUCCUCUUCGCAGCCUGGGUAUGCUGGAAAUCUCCUUUUCUUUUCCUCUGCUUCACAAACAACAGAUAUCAUGACUAUGAGCCUGCCAGCUGUUUUGACCAGCAUCUCACCACCACUACAAAGUCCUUCUCAAGGGAGAAGUUUAUCUCCAGCACUAAAUCCUCCUCAUUCUCCUUUAUCACCUUCAUCCUAUUAUCCUCCUAGUCCAGAUCCUCCUCGUCCUUCCAGCACUCAGUCCAGGCAUCCUGACAAAUCCCUCAGCCCUUUACCCCCACCUCCCCCAUCCCUAGGCCGUCGAACAAGGAGCCCUAGCCCCCACCAUGGCUUGAAUCAGGGUUCUGGUGAGGAGGAGGAUGGGAAUGGUCAAGACCUCAUCUUUCUGGAAUCUCCCCAAGAUGAGAUUUUUGAUCCUCUGUUAUCAAAAGAUAUCACACCAAAACACAAGCGACCUACACAAUCACCGCCGCCUAUCCCCACAACAAAAUCCACUUCAAAUCUUCCAGGUAAAUUGAAUCAUAAAGAUCUGAGUGGAAGUGCUAGUACAUCUCACCUUCCUAGUAAAAAUGUACCUCAUCCAGCUUUAGCCAGGACAGCUGCUAUCAACACCACAGGCUUGCCUAAUGCAACACCAAAUAGAACUUCAGAAUAUCGACCACUCACCCCUUUCCAGUCAUCAGCACCAGAAUACCGUCCAUUCUCCACUCUGCAGACAAAUUUAGGUGUGCCAGUUGGGUGUCAAAAUCCAAUUUAUAAUCAACACAAACCACUUGGAGAGCAUCCAUUACCCAAUGCAACAAGAAGUGGUAGUGCUACAGCAGCCUUUGCAACAAGUAUGCUGUCUAGAGCCCCUGACGAAUCAUCUCUGAACAUGGUCAACAGAUCAAGUCCAUAUGUGCAGUUUGAACCCCCAGUGAGUCAUGCAACCAAAGGUCUGAACAGUUCCUCUUCUCAACCACAGAGGCCACCCCGUUUGUCACAAAAAGACCUUUUGGGUGAUUUUUCUAAAGACUUUCAGAAGCUUAGUGUAAAUAGCCCUUCCAGAGCAGCAUCUCCCGCUAAUAAUAAUAAUACAAUUUUGAAUAACAACAAGACUUGCGAUGCUAUUCACGCAGCUGAGUCGGAUUCGGCAGAUCAAAGUGAAAGUAAAUGGGCAACAUUUGAUUAAUCCGUAGAACUAUAACCAAGGUGUUCAAUUAUUACAAAUGAAAGUUGGAAGUAAACCAAGCUUGUUCUGUAACUGUAGAUGAUUAUCGAUAAUCAUGGUUGUGAUGCAGUUCGUUUAGGUAAAAAAGAAAAAAAAAAAAGACAGAAACCUUGUUUACGUAAUUACUGUAAAUAUUUUGUAGAGAUCUUGCAUAUGGUUGUCCAUAUUUGGAUGGCAGAAAAUGCUUGCUGUCCAAAUAUGCACAGCAUUGUAUAAAUGUAUAACUCCAUAUUUUCAUAAAAAUUUAUAUUCUCAUUAGGUUUAGUUCAUUCCUAGUUUGUAUUCAUUGGAAAGCCAAAGAUGAUGCUUAUAAUGGCUUCUCUGUAAGCCUUUCAUACUAUCAUGCAGUCUAUGCUGGCAUUUCAUAACAUUCGACAUAGAUUUUUAAAGGAUAUUUCUAUGUAAGCAUUCUUUAAGCUUUUCUCCUUGUAGUUUAGUAAGGAAUCUGACAGCUUUCAUGAUAGAAAGCAGUUGUUAACAUUUCUAAAGUUUUAGAGACAAUUCUGUAGAAGUGCUGUGCAUAGUUCAUUUAUUUUUUUCCUGUGCAACUCGUGUUUGUGAGCAAAAUGAAACAACAUUCAUGUCCAUGUUCUUGAUGACCUAUUGAUAUGUAUAUGCACUUGUUUGCCGACUUUUGACGCACACUGUUUGUUUACUGUAUUCAAUUUUUGCUAUGGGAUCAGUCAUUACAAGUUAUAAUCAUCAUGUGUUAAUUCCCAUCCUUUCCCCCGGUAGAAUUUUUUGUAUGUACGAUCCCCUUUUCAACUGAGACAUCGAGUUGUGAGAUUUUUGUAAUUCAUCCAUCUAAUCCAGAAGACAAUAUUUCAUAAGAACUUUGUUGUAGUAUUUAGGAAAUUUAAGACUUUUUCUGUGGUAUGAUUUUUUUUAUUUACAAAGGUAAAGGAAGAGAAGGCGCUGGUAAGUGUUAAGUGUUUAAAGAAAUUUUUGUUUUCCUUUGUAGAGAAGCUAGAUUUGCACAAACCUUGAUUUACAUGAACUACCCUUCAAUUGGAAUGUAUUAUACCUCUGUAUUACUAUCCUGCCAAAGCACAAAUGACAGCCAUGUACCACAUAAACUUGACAAAAUCAUGCAACACUCCUUUAACUUGGUGCGACAGAAAUGUUUUGUUGAUAAUUUAUAAGUUUAUCUGUUGUGGUAAUCCCUUGAUUAUCUACAUUCAUUUAGCCAAGGCUUGCCAGGAUAUGAGUGUAAUUUGAGCAUAGAACAGGUUUUGCAACUGCUAAGUCAUGACUGUAGUCUACUAUAGGCUACUAGUAACCCCUUAUGCCCCAAAGAGCAAAAGGACAUGAGCUAUAUGCAGUGUGGCACUUAUUUGUAUAGGAGGGAAGCAAUAUGUCAAAUUGACCUAUGGCUAAGUGUUAUCUGGAAAAUUACUAUCACCAUUUUUGAUAUUUUUUAUGUAAAUUCUAUUUUUAUCUCCUGAAAAUUUAGUGGGAUCUGUUAUCUGCAAAGUGGUUAAACCGGAAAAUUCAAAUGCCAGAAAGCUUUUCAACAAAGUUGAGUUGGCAACAUCUAAUAGCAAAUCAUGUAAAGCCAUUAAUAUUCUUUUGGCAUUCAAGGAAACAACCAUUUUUUAUCAGAAGCAAUACAUUGGACGUAAGGUAGCGUAUGGAGAUAGCCAAAUUCUUUUAACUGAAAACUCCAUUUCAUGUAUACCAUACCUCAUAUCUGUCAUGUUUACUGCUUCUAACUGUUUACUGGUAAUUUGUUUGGUAAUCAGUAGGGAAACUAACUUUCAAUGGUUAUUGAAAAUCUUUGGACAUAAAUGAACAAUGUAAUUUAAGUAUGACUGUAAAACUUAUGGAUGCCUACCCUCGUUUUUUCACUGAAUACAUCUCAUUGACCAGGAACUAUCUGGUAUUGCUUCAAUGCAGCCUUGCAGUUUUCACUGCUUUAAGAACAGAGCCUGUAGACACAGCUAGAAAUUACUUGGUUGUUUGGUUAAACUACUAUAUAGAUGUAAUGCUUCCUAUACAUCAACAGCUACAAAAUACUGAUAAUAAGGAUUUUCUGUGUGCAGCUUUGAGAAAUAAUGACUAUAGAUAAUGAAGGGAUUAUUUUACUUUUAUAUGUGUAACGUAAUAAACAGGAAAUGAAUUAGUGCAUGUGUAUUGCCAUCAUAUCAUUCAUUAAAUGCAUCAUCCAUCAUAUUUUUUUAAUUAUGUAACCUUGAAUUGUUUAGCUAUUUUAUUUCAUUUUUUUUUAAUUGUUGUAGGAUGAAAGCGCUAAGAAUGUAACGAAAGUACAUACAUAUGUCCUUGAUUUUCUUGGAUAUAAAGAUUCUUUAUUUCUUAUAUAAAUAUGACAUAGAAAUAACAAGAAAUUUUUGGGAUGCCUGUAAAAGCAAACAUUAAAAAUCAGAUGUAUUUUAA